GGCGGAGCGAAGGGCGCCCAGGCCGGUGUAGCGGGCAGGAAGUGCGGGUGCGCGCCUGCGCAUAGGUCGCGUCGGAGGUGUCACCGGUUUGGCUUCUGCUUGAGUAAUCGAGUGAAAAAAUGAGCUUCAUCUGUGGAUUGCAGUCUGCUGCUAGAAACCAUGUUUUCUUCCGAUUUAAUUCACUGUCUAACUGGAGAAAAUGUAACACGUUAGCAUCAACCUCACAGGGCUGUCAUCAAGUACAAGUUAACCAUAUAGUAAAUAAGUAUCAGGGACUGGGAGUAAAUCAGUGUGAUAGGUGGACUUUUCUGCCUGGAAACUUUCAUUUUUAUAGGACUUUUAACAACAAAAGAACAGGAGGCCUCUCAAGUACCAAAAGUAAGGAAAUUUGGAUGAUUAUCAGCAAAUGUACUGUAUGGAAUGACGCUUUUUCAAGACAGCUACUAAUAAAAGAAGUUACAGCAGUCCCUAGUCUGUCAGUAUUGCAUCCUCUAAGCCCUUCUCCCAUAAGAGCUAUUAGGAAUUUCCACACUUCUCCACGGUUUCAAGCUGCUCCGGUUCCUCUCUUGUUGAUGAUUCUUAAACCAGUACAGAAGUUAUUUGCAAUCAUUGUAGGCAGGGGCAUAAGGAAAUGGUGGCAGGCACUUCCUCCUAACAAGAAGGAACUAUUUAAAGAAAAUAUAAGGAAGAAUAAAUGGAAGCUAUUCCUUGGUUUGAGUAGUUUUGGAUUGCUCUUUGUGGUGUUUUAUUUUACUCACCUGGAAGUAAGUCCAGUCACAGGAAGGAGGAAGCUACUAUUAUUGGGGAAAGAGCAGUUCAGACUUUUAUCAGAACUGGAAUAUGAAGCAUGGAUGGAAGAAUUUGAAAAUGAUAUGCUAACUGAGAAAGAUGCCCGAUACCUGGCUGUUAAAGAAGUGCUUUGUCAUCUAAUUGAAUGCAAUAAAGAUGUUCCCGGGAUCUCUCAGAUCAAUUGGGUUAUUCAUGUGGUUGAUUCCCCAAUUAUUAAUGCCUUCGUGCUUCCAAAUGGACAAAUGUUUGUUUUCACUGGAUUUUUAAAUAGUGUAACCGAUAUUCAUCAACUUUCUUUCCUUCUGGGCCAUGAAAUAGCACAUGCAGUACUUGGGCAUGCUGCAGAAAAGUCUGGCAUGGUUCAUUUGUUGGAUUUCCUAGGUAUGAUUUUCCUCGCAAUGAUUUGGGCCAUUUGUCCUCGAGAUAGCUUGGCACUUUUGUGCCAGUGGAUACAGUCUAAAUUGCAGGAGUAUAUGUUUAAUAGACCAUACAGCAGAAAAUUGGAGGCUGAAGCUGAUAAAAUUGGACUACUGCUUGCUGCAAAGGCUUGUGCAGACGUAAGAGCCAGUUCAGUGUUUUGGCAGCAAAUGGAGUUUGUUGAUAGCCUGCAUGGCCAACCCAAGAUGCCAGAAUGGUUAUCUACACACCCUUCUCAUGGCAAUCGAGUUGAGCACUUGGAUAGACUUAUACCUCAGAUUUGGUGGGUCUUGAAUGCCCCUGAAAACCAUUCUGCUCCAUUUCAAAAGUGAUGUUGCUGAUCCCUGCAGCCCACGGGCAUUGCCUAUUGAUGGUAAAUCCAUGCAGUCUGGGGUUGUGAAUCCAAGCUGACCAAUUCACUUGGACACCUUUUAGUCUUAUAGGCCCUUCCAAGGUCAUCUCCUUCCAAAGUUCCCCAGAUUCCACCUGAGUCCUGGCUUCCUCUGCUUACAAAUAUCUCAUCAUCAUGGCUUUAGUUUGCUAGAAACUCAAGUGCUACUGUCUUUAAGUAGUUUCAGGUAUCUAGACAUUCCAAAACAGUGGAACUCACACUAUCUCUCUUGGCAUUUCAGAAUCAAAUGUUCAGAGAAUCUCAGAGCUGGGCAGUCAUCUUGCAGAUCAUGCACAGCUUUUUAAUUUUAUGAAUGGAAGUUGUGAGGCCGAGGCAGAGGAAGUGACUUACUGAAGCUCCCUUCCAUUCAGUAAAAUGUUUAUUUAUUGUGUGUCUACCAUUUGUCAAGCUAUCUAUCUUAGAUGCUGGAAAUUACAAUGGUGAAAGUGAAAUAUGUAGACCCUACUGUGUUCUUUACAGCCUAUCAGGAUGGAGGUAAACAUUGUUAAUCAGACUAGAGAAAGUGGUAAUAAAAUAAUCAUUAACUAUCUGCCUGCAUCACCUUAGAAAUAAUUUCUUGUGAGGAGCUAGUGUGUAGCAGAAAGUGAGGGUCAUCUAACUCUAAUUCUAAGUCCUUUCCAGUAUAUCAUGUUGCCUCCUUCAUUAGCAGGUAAUAGAAGCUGCUAAAAUCAUAGUUGAGGAGUGGUUAAAGGCAUGGGAUUUUGAGUCAGACUACCUGGGUUCAAAUCUCAACUACCACUUUUUGUGAUCUCGAGUAAGUUACUCAGCCCAUCUGGGUAUUCCACUUAUCUGUAAACUGCAGAUAUGAUCUACUUCAUAAGGAUGUUGUGUUUAAUAAAUGGUUCUGAUUUUUAUGUUUUAUGUAAACUCCAAGGUUCUUUCCAGUUUAAAAUAUAGUCUCUGCUUCCCACUAUCAUAAAUGGUAGAGUAGAUUGAAAGAGCAUGAAACUGGGAAUUAAGAUUAUUGGGUUUCAGUCCAAGUUUUGCUUCUAAGUAGCUGUCAAUUUUGGAGAAGCAUGCGACUUUCCUGGGCCACAGUUUUUCCAUCCUCCUGUUAUGGCUUCAGAGCAGAUAACCUCUGAAAUGCUUUCUUUUUAACUGACAGACUGUUGUGAGAGAGAUGAGCCUAAUUUUGGAAAUCAUAAGAAAAUAGUCGUGAAAAAUAAACUUGACUGUCAUAUGACACAUUUCUCCUCUCCCUUAAUUCUUAAGUAUUUUUUGCUUCAAAUUAAUGCACAUUGUUUUUAUCCAAUAAAUGAUACUUAUGUGAGUAAUACGCUAGCAUUAGCUGGGUCCACAGGGAGCCCAGAAUAUAUAGAUAGAAAUUGAGAAAAAGAUACUGGCAGCCACCCAGCUGUUCUACCAGUAUAGCCCUCAAGCACACAACCCUUUGAAUCUGCAGUCUGGAAAAAGAUCAAGAUUUCAACAAACAGACAUGGAUGAAACUGGAAACCAUCAUUCUCAGCAAACUAUGGCAAGGACAAAAAACCAAACACUGCAUGUUCUCACUCAUAGGUGGGAAUUGAACAAUGAGAACACAUGGACACAGGAAGGGGAACAUUACAUACUGGGGACUGUUGUGGGGCGGG